CGCAGUCUUCUCCAUUUUCCUCCGAGUGAUCGCAACAAUGUCGACUCUUCUCGGUGUUAUCCUAACUACUGUCGCAGUCUUAGUUCAGCAAGAAAGCGCUGUGGCACAAUACCCCGAACUGAACCCGUCGCUGCAAAGAUUCCAAAACCCCCCUCCUUGCUACCCCAACAAUGGCGAAUGGGUGAUGACCAAGAGAAACUAUCCCUACGAUCAUCACUUCGGUGGAACCGCAAAAUGCGUGAAGUACGAGAGAAUCGGACCGUUCAAUGGGUACAGCAUGAACGUCAGGUUCUCUUGGUGCCAGGACGGUUAUGGACGUGGAUGUGGAUCAAGCGUCGGCCGUUACGUUCUCACUUCGAUGCCUGGAUACCGCACGAGGAACCAGUACAACUUCUUGGCCGUCAACGGUGUCGACAGUUACAGCAUGCACACGAUCUACAAAGACUGCAACACCUGCUUCAUCGCGCGUUAUCGCUAUGCUCUUAACGGAUACGGAUGCAUCCAGUGGCGCCGUCUGUCCCACACAUUCAACCGACGGGCCGACUACUGCGACUUCAUAUUCGACCUGUUCUGCGGAAACGCUCCCAAGUACCAGGUGUACGACGACUCCUGCAGCCGUGUGGUCGGAGGGUACAACGGCAACUACGGAUGGUGGAAGAAAUAAUCGGCCACUCUCGAGGUUUCGGUCUAUUUUUGAGGACAUAACCAAUAUUAUGAUCAUGGCAAUAAAUAUUAGACA